AUGGCACAGGUGAGGGCGCUGCAUAAAAUCAUGGCCCUUUUUUCUGCUAACAGCAUAGCUGCUAUGAACAACUCUGACACUCGCAUAGCAGGCUGCUUCCUCACUGGCAUCCCUGGGCUGGAGCAACUACAUAUCUGGCUGUCCAUCCCCUUCUGCAUCAUGUACAUCGCUGCCCUGGCAGGCAAUGGCAUCCUAAUUUGUGUCAUCCUCUCCCAGGCAAUCCUGCAUGAGCCCAUGUACAUAUUCUUAUCUAUGCUGGCCAGUGCUGAUGUCUUGCUCUCUACCACCACCAUGCCUAAGGCCCUGGCCAAUUUGUGGCUAGGUUGUAGCCACAUUUCCUUUGAUGGCUGCCUCAUUCAGGUGUUCUUCAUUCACUUCCUCUUCAUUCACUCUGCUGUCCUGCUGGCCAUGGCCUUUGACCGCUAUGUGGCCAUCUCCCCCCUGCGAUAUGUCACAAUCCUCACAAGCAAGGUCAUUGGGAAGAUCGUCACUGCCGCCCUGAGCCGCAGCUUCAUCAUUAUGUUUCCAUCCAUCUUUCUCCUUGAGCACCUGCACUAUUGCCAGAUCAACAUCAUUGCACACACAUUUUGUGAGCAUAUGGGCAUUGCCCAUCUGUCCUGUUCUGAUAUGUCCAUCAAUGUCUGGUAUGGGUUGGCAGCUGCUCUUCUCUCCACAGGCCUGGACAUCAUGCUUAUUACCGUUUCCUACAUCCACAUCCUGCAAGCAGUCUUCCGUCUCCUUUCUCAAGAUGCCCGCUCCAAGGCCCUGAGUACCUGUGGAUCCCAUAUCUGUGGCAUCCUACUCUUCUAUGUCCCUGCCCUUUUUUCUGUCUUUGCCUACAGGUUUGGUGGGAGAAGCAUCCCAUGCUAUGUCCAUAUUCUCCUGGCCAACCUCUACGUUGUCAUUCCUCCUAUGCUCAAUCCCGUUAUUUAUGGAGUGAGGACUAAGCAGAUACUGGAAGGGGCUAAGCAGAUGUUUUCAAAUCUUGCCAAAGGAUCUAAAUAAAUGCUUUCAACUUAGUCUCAACCCUUUUCUACACCUAUCAAUUGUCCCGUAUUUAACACAUUCUCACCUCUACAUCUUCCAGUUAUCCGUGUGUUAUUCUCAUCGAUCUCCCGAUUUAUUUAAAUAUGUCACCUAUUCAAACCCACCUCUGAUUUCUUUUAUUGGAAAUCUUUAGUAAAAUCUGUCUCAUUCUCUUACUCUUACUAUUGAAAUGCAAUCUGAUUUCCCAUCACCUCAAGAAAAACUAGCUAGUUAGGGGAAAUGUAAGAACCAAGUUUACGUUCUAAGUGAAACAUUUUUCUAACUGCUUACGUUGGCUUCCUAAUGUGUUCUUAAUCACUUGUAUAUAAUUUUGACAUUUGCCAGUUCAACAUCUUUCUCAUGACGGGAACCCCUGAGAACUGUCAUGUCUAAGAAUUUAUAGUCUCAUGGAAUGAUAUUUUUCUUACCAGUUGCACAAAUUCACAAUCACAUACAUGUAUAUACCCAUGUUCAGAGAUACUAAUGCAGCAGCAGCAUAAAUAGGUGGACAUAUCCAUUUAUCAACUUUUAUCAAAUAAUUCUGAACUAACCAUUACCUGUUCUGGACAAAGUUUUCCCUGAAAUGUAGACAAUUGUAUAGGACUCUUUUCCAUCCAAAUAUGCUUUGUAUUUAAAAGUUAUAUUCAUCAUUAAAAUUAGAAAUAAAAAUACCUACUCAUAUCUGAUACCUACGGAUGGAUAUAUUAUUUAAUAAAUAGUUAAAGAAAUAUAAACAUCUAUAUGUUAUUUAAUAACUUGCUCAAUUAUAACUACUAACAUCAGGAAUUAGCCUAGGCUGAUGUUCUCUAAGAUUGAGAAGAGCAACUCAACCUGAAUUUUAGCCCAAGACCAAACUAUUCUUGAAAACAGUUCACAUCUCAACCCUGCCCACUCCUAUACUCAGCCCACAGUGAAAGAGCCAUCAUUUGAGAUUCUGCCCCACUUUUCAUCUAAAUCACUAUUUUGUUGGAUCAUUAGUAUAUUGCUUCUCAUUUUAUUAGAAAUCUCAUCUUUGUGUCUUAACUCCCUGUCUAGAGUGUACACUUCUUGAGAAAGAAAAGAUUAUUUUGAAGGCUUUUUAUCAUAUUGCCCCAAAGCAUGAGAACCCUCUCAUAGCGAAUAUGUAAUAUGAGUAUAUGCGUAGAAAAUUCUUCUUUAAAAAAAUUUAACAUCACUUUUCUGCUCUAGACUCAUUCUUCUCUGCGGGAGUUCUUCCUCCUGGGAGACACUGGGACUUAAUGUCACCUAGAGGAGAGAAUUGUGCUAGGUGCCAGGAGACAUGGAUUUAAAAGUUAGAUGUACUACUUGGUCAAUAAGCUUGAGAGUCUGCAUAAUAUCCAUGAACUUAAUUUUCUGCUCAUCUUUGAAGAAGAUGAGAAUAAUAUAACGUUAAGUAUCUAUUGCAAAUAAGCACUCAAUGAAUGUUCAGUUCAUUUCCACCUUUUUCUUUCCACGUAGCUCUCUAUCCUCAAGACAAUGAUAAUAAAAGUUAGAGAGAGGAGUCAUUAGCAUCCUUAUUAUGUGGAAAAGAAAACUGUAAGAUGUGGUGAUCAAGUUUUGAGUUCUAGAUCUUUUUGAAAUUGACUCUGUUGGAAAUGACUGUUCCAUUUACUCACUGUGUGAGUCUGGGCAAGUUACUUUACUUCUCUGUAUCUCAACUUUCUUUUUCUUUUUCUUUUUCUUUUUCUUUUUUUUUUUUUUUUUGAGACAGAGCAUUGCUUUGUUGCCCAGGCUGGAGUGUAGUGACCUGCUGUCAGCUCACUGCAACCUCCACCUAAAAGGUUCCAGUGAUUCUUGUGCUUCAGCCUCCCCAGCAGCUGGUGCUACAUGUAUGCACCACCACACCUGGCUAAUUUACAUAUUUUAGUAGAAGUGGGGUUUUGUCAUGUU